AUGAGCGGCGGCCCUCCGCCCCCGCCACCGCCGCCGCACGGUGAGAACCCCAAGACGACCCGGAGCGGCGGUCUGCCCCCGGGCAAGUACGAUGUCUUCAUAAUACCUGAGCACUCGGCCGGGUCCGGCUUCUUGUACCUCCCGUCUUUGAGGCCCAACACCAACAGCUUCGUGGCCGGCUUCGCCUCCGCCAUAGUUCUCGUCGUGCUGCUGCAGAGCAUGGCCCCGGCCUUCAAGCUGUGGUGGUCAAACUUUCAGGGCAUGGGCAGCAUGGGAAUGGCCAUGCUGACCGUUGCCGUCGGUCUCGGCGCCUGGUCCUUGGGUAGAACGCAGCAGGGUGACGGAGGUUUCCGAGGAGGUGGCGGUCAAGGCCACUCGAGGCAUAACUCCCAUAAGGAACCCAAACCGGAACCAAAACCUGAACCCAAACCAGAGCCCAAGCCAGAGGCCAAACCAGAACCUAAACCGGAGCCAAAAGCAGAGCCCAAGCCAGAACCUAAGCCAGAACCUAAGCCGGAACCCAAGCCGGAGUCCAAGCCGGACUACAAGAGCGCCUGGGAGCGUGCAAGGGAGGAGACGCGCAAGCGGGAAGAGGAACGCAAAAAGAAAGAGGAGGAACAAAAGAAACGCGAAGCCAUCGCCGCAAGGCUGAAGCAGCUUCGCGAAAAGGAGGCACGCGAGCGAGCCGAGCGGGAGAGGGAAAAGGCCGAGAAGGAGGCAAAGGAAAAGGCGGAGCGGGAAAAGAAGGAACGCGAGCUCAGAGAAGCUCUCGAAAAGAAAGAACAGGAGCUGCGUGACCUGCGGGAGAAGGAGCAGAGAGAACGCGAGCUCCGAGAUCUCAGAGCCAAGGAGUUGGCCGAAAGGCUGGCCAAGGAGAGGCUCGAGAAGGAAAAGCUCGAGAAGGAAAAGGCGGAGAGGGAAAGGCUAGAAAAGGAGAGGUUAGAGAAGGAACGGCUAGAAAAGGAAAGGCUAGAAAAGGAACGGUUGGAGAAGGAGAGGUUAGAGAAGGAAAAGGAAGCACAAGAGCCUCGCAAGGGGGGCUCGUACGCAUUCUCGGGCAGCGGCGAAAAGACCAACCCCUGGCCCAACGGGAAACCGACUCCCGCUCCUCAGCCCGCCUCCCCGAAACCGCCGGCCGCGCCACGAUCAACAGCUUCAGUCCCGUCACCGAAGCCCGCCCCGCCACGAUCGACGGCUUCAGUCUCUACACCACCCCCCGCCACGCCGAACUCGAAGCCACCACCACCCACCGCCAGAAGCUACAUGGACGACGAGGAGACUACGUACUCGUACCGGCCGUACGACAAGCCCAAGCGUUCGCACCACCGCAAGUCCAACUCGGAGUACUCCGAGUCGUCGUGGGCGCCGUCGCAGAGCACGGCACGUACAACGCCGCCGCCCUCGAUGCGCAUGCCGUACAGCACCAAGGACCCGGACAAGAUUGUGAUUCGGGCCGUGUACGGCUUCCUGAACCAGUUCGCCAAGACGCCCAGCAGCCAGCUCAUUUCGGGCCAGGCGCCCGUGACGGACGGGCUGAUACUCCGCGUCACGACCGAAGGCCUCUUUAUCGACGACGACGUCCGUGGCGUACCCCAGCGCGAGUGGGACGUCAAGGCCUGGACCCUCAAGCAGGUCGAGGUCUGGUGCCCCGCUCACGUCGCCGCCCUGGCCGCCCGCGACGACGACGGUCCCCACAACCCCAAGAAGAACCAGCAGGCCGCCGGCAGCUCAUUCCUGCGCGGCGUCAUGGGCGGCGCGGGAGCACGCAGGGGCGAGGCCCGCGGCGCGCCAAAGAUGCUGCUGGGCGAGGAGGCCGACUCCCACCUCGCCGACAUGCUGCGCGAGUGCAGGGACAAGUGCGGCCGCGGCCUGGCCCCCAACCUGGGCGGCGGCAGCAUGUCGCAGGCGACAAAGGGCCUGCACCUGCUACGCGCUACCAUCCGGGACCAGGAGGGCAAGCGGUACCUGUUUGUGGUCGGAGAGGAGGAGGGGUGGAAGGUCGCCGUCGGUUUGCAGAAGCUGCGCAAGGGGUCGCAGGUCAGGGGUCUGGGCGUCGCGGGCAUGAGCAGCCUCGAGUCGAGGAACACGCUGGAGAUGCUGGGCUGGUUGGCUUGA